GCAUGUUGACCGAUAGAUACAUAGUUUAUAUACAAUUCCAUAAUGAUAAGAUAAAAUAUAAGGUGCACAUAUAUGGUCACACAUCAGCACUCAGCAUAGUAAUCAAUGUUUGAAUUAUUAGUUUAGUGGUAGCAGGAAACAUGGAAGAGGUGGAUCAAGCUUUCAUUCAAAACCCAGAAAACAGACCAAAACUCUCCAUCACCCAAGCUGAAGGCAUUCCCGUAAUCAACCUCUCCCCAAUAAUCCACAACACAGUUCAAGACUCCUCUGCCAUACAAGCCUUAGUCAAAGAGAUAUCAAGUGCUUGCAAGGAAUGGGGUUUCUUCCAAGUUACAAAUCAUGGUGUCCCUCCCACUCUAAGGCUCAAAAUGGAAGAAGCUUCUAAGAUGUUCUUCGCACAGAGCCUGGAGGAUAAGAAGAAGAUUACCACAGAUGAUACCGGUUUGCCUGGUUAUCAUGAUACAGAGCACACCAAGAAUGUAAGAGACUGGAAAGAAGUGUUUGAUUUUCUCUCUAAUGACCCUACUUUGGUUCCUCUGAAUUCUGAUGAACACGAUGAUCAAGUCACUUACUGGACUAAUCCAUCCCCUCAAUACCCUCCACACUUCAAAGUUAUUCUUAAAGAGUAUAUUAAAGAGAUGGAAAAGCUAGCCUUUACGUUGCUAGAGCUCAUAGCUCUUAGCUUAGGAGUUGAAGCAAAGAGGUUUGAAGAAUUCUUCAUCAAAGAUCAAACUAGCUUUCUUAGACUUAACCAUUAUCCUCCAUGCCCUUACCCUCACCUUGCUCUUGGUGCUGGUCCACAUAAGGAUUCUGGUGCCUUAACUAUUCUUGCCCAAGAUGAGGUUGGAGGACUUGAAGUGAAGCGGAAAACAGAUCAACAGUGGGUUCUUGUGAAACCCACACCAGAUGCUUAUAUUAUUAAUGUUGGUGAUGUCAUUCAGGUUUGGAGCAAUGAUGCCUAUGAGAGUGUGGAGCACAGAGCGAUUGUGAGCACAGAGAAGGAAAGGUUUUCUAUUCCCUUCUUUUUAUUCCCAGGAUAUGACGCUGAAGUCAAACCUUUUGAAGAGCUUAUAAAUGAGCAAAACCCUUCAAAAUAUAGGCCAUAUAAAUGGGGAAAGUUUCUUGUUCACAGAAAAGACAGCAAUAUCAAGAAACAAGAUGUGGAGAAUCUUCAAAUUUAUCAUUAUAAGCUACCCUAGAGCUAGACAGUUUAACAAAAUAAUGGUCAUGUUUUUAGUGCAUAUGUUAAGGAAUUAAAUGUGAAAGAUUUAUCUUAGAAAUUGUGCAUUCAAUAUUUAAACGUUUAAAAACAAAUUAUACUUUUAAUUUCAUUCA